GGGGCUCUGCGGCAGCUGCUGCAGGGGGCGCCGCGACGAGCAGGGGCGACGCCCCGGGGGCGCCGCGACGAGCAGGGACGGCGCCCAGGGGGCGCCGCGACGAGCAGGGGCGACGUCCCGGGGGCGCUGCGACGAGCAGGGAAGGCGCCCCAGGGGCGCCGCGACGAGCAGGGAAGGCACCCCGGGGGCGCCGCGACGAGCAGGAAAGGCGCCCAGGGGGCGCCGCGACGAGCAGGGGCGACGCCCCGAGGGCGCCGCGACGAGCAGGAACAGCGCCCAGGGGGCGCCGCGACGAGCAGGGGCGACGCCCCGGGGGCGUCCCGACGAGCAGGGACGGUGCCCAGGGGGCGCCGCGACGAGUAG